AAGGAUUGACCUGAAUACCAAUGUCGUGUAGAUUAUUAACGUAACACGACACAUCAUAAGUUGUGGUCGUUUUUCAUUUUCAAACACAAACAGAAACACCCACCGACGUUCUUCUCUUUGCCGUUGGCCAUUAACGAAAACAGAACUCGGUAGGUAUUAUGUCGUCGUUAUCCAUCCAUACCCAAAUACGACGCCGUUCCUCUAACGCUUAGGCCAUCGCGAAAAGACGAACGACUUUGAUAUCUAUCUUGUAGAUUCUAAUUCCUUUUGAAGUCAGCUGAACCAGAACGCACGACACCUGAACUGUCGUCGUUUUUGGCUUCUCCGUCGUCUUCAAGGUCGUAAGCAUCUCGUACUCUCCAAAACCUAUUUGAGAUGGGGUCAACUAUAGAUCCCGGACCAAUCGAUAUUUCUGUACUGUACGAUCAAGAUAACCAUAUUUCUUCAGCAAUCUGGGAUGGACAGAACUUUACAGGAACGUGGUGUGCUUAGAUGCCAUGAACACAGUUCAAUGCUUGAACAAUGGAAGCUCACAGCUAAGCAAAUUGAAUUGGUUGAGAAAGCUGGUUUUGGGUACCUCAGAACAAUUCCCACGAUUAGCCUUGACAAUUCACUCAUCUCGGCACUAGUUGAGAGGUGGAGGAGAGAAACAAAUACAUUUCAUUUGUCUGUUGGAGAAAUGACCAUAACACUUGAAGAUGUUGUAUUGUUGCUUGGGCUACCAAUUGAUGGAAAACCAGUUAUGGGUGUAACAAGGACACCCGGAAAAGUAUGCGAAAAUUUACUAGGGAAAGUGCCGGAAGACCUAAAUGGUGGAAUGGUGAAGCUAACUUGGUUGAAAGAGUGCUUUUCUAAAUGUCCUGAAGAUGCACCAGUUGAAGAGAUUGAGCGUCAUACGCGUGCUUAUCUCCUAUACCUCGUUGGUUGUACAAUAUUUUCCACAACAACUGGAAACAAAGUCUCUGUAAUGUAUCUUCCAUUGUUUGAAAAGUUCGAUGAAGCUGGAAAGUUUGCAUGGGGUGCUGCAGCUUUGGCAUUCCUCUACAGAGCUCUUGGUAAUGCCUCCCUUAAAUCUCAAAGCACCAUAAGUGGUUCUUUGACACUACUGCAGUGUUGGAGUUAUUAUCGCCUCAAUGUUGGAAAUCCAAAGUUCAAUGACGAACCAAAUGAUGGUUGCUUUCCAUUUGCACUUCGGUGGAAAGGAAGAGCAAGUGGACCAAGAUCAAACAGUAAUAUAGUUUCCUACCGCAAAGCCUUAGAUUCCCUUCAACCUUCAGAUGUUAAGUGGCUCCCAUACAAAGAUUUGGACCCUUCUUCUUCAGUGGGAGAUAUAAAAGAGAGUUUGAUUUUACGGGCCUCAAAAACUGUGCUAAUAUGUUUUGACAAGGCUGAGAGACACCUCCCUGAUCGUUGCCUCAGGCAGUUUGGCAUGCUUCAACCAGUCCCAAUGGAUGUUCCACGGUGGGAGAGGAAGAUUCGUGCACUUGAUCAGGGUUCAGACUUGUCAAAGGAAACAGAUUUGCAGCUUAAAGGAAAAAAUCAAGCAGAGCUUAGGGAAUGGUUGGAGCGUCGACUUCGGAUUGUACAAGUUGAGGAAGUUGUGGAUGAAAUCAAGUACAUGGAGUGGUAUGAGAGAAUUACUCGGAAGUUUGUUGGGAGGCCUGAAUCUUUAGAAUCUGAGUUUCAGAGAAUAGUUGCUGCUAUGAGAGAAAUUGCAGAUAUAGCUGAUUCAUUUCCCGCAGAUCGAAUGGAUUCCCGAGAUAGGAAAUCACUUGAUGAGAUCAAGAACGCAGCACAUAAAAGUCUGAUGGAUUUGGUUGGAGACUCAAAGAAAAGUAGACGUAAGAUUGCCACGAAACGUAAAAGGGAGGAUGAUCCAACUAUCAAGGAUGACUACUAGCUUUAAGUUAUGAUUGAGAAUGCCUGGGCUCAUUGACAAUUCUUUUUUAUGAUAUGCAGUGAGCUUGGUGGGGCAGCUCUAGCUAUUCAUUUCUGACAUUGAUGAAGUGUAUCUUUCACAAAUUCAUCAAUCUGUAAAGUGCGUCUUUGAUGCAGGAUAGUAUUGUAUUGUAUUACUAGAAUCCGUCGGUAUAUGCCUGUUGAAUGGUUGAAGUAGGAAAAGAAGACAAAUCUUUAGUUGGGGUUUGAGAAAUAAAUCUUACAUGUGCUUGAGAUCAA